AUGUUCGCCGAGAUUGUUAGCGGUUUGGCUCUAGGCUAUUUGCUAUGGAGCAUGAUUGCCAUGGAAAUCAAUCAUCGUCGUGCAUCAAAGAUGGGAAUUCCUCUUAUUCGACUCCCCGUGGACCCAAUGAAUAUGAUUUGGCUGAUUCUGGAGCCAUCUCUCUGGAGACUUUUGGAUCAAUUACCUAUAAACUUUGGCAAUUUUAGUCAUUAUUCACGCCGAGACUGGCAUUUUCACGACAAAGCAACAUCACAUUUGAAAUAUGGUCCAAUCUUUGGAUUGGUCACUCCCUGUGAUGUCUACGUUUAUGUUGCAGAUCCUAAUGCUAUUCAUGAAAUAUUUACCCGACGCGGAGAUUUUCUUCGCCCAUCCAAGAUGUACACUCUUCUCGAGGUCUACGGUCCAUGUAUAUCCACAGCAAACUGGACUAAUUGGCCACGACACAGAAAAGUUUUGGCUACACCCUUCAACGAAAACAUCAUGAAGUUCGUUUGGCAGGAGUCACUCAAGCAGGCAAAAGAAAUGCUGGAGACAUGGAAUCAGCGUUCCGAAUCUCGGGAAAUAUCCACCGCCAAAGAUACGCGCACUCUAUCUCUGAAUGUUCUCGCUGCAACUGGCUUUCGAAAAUCAUAUCAAUUUCGUAGCUCUUCCCAGGCUGGAACAGAUGAAGCUGGUAGCUAUCGUGACGCGCUGCAAACUGUCCUGGAUAAUGUAAUAUUGAUCAUGUUUAUUCCUUUCCGAUAUUUGUGUCUACCCUUUAUGCCGAAAUCUUGGAGGCUCGUGGGCAAGGCUGCUACUGAUUUCAAAGUAUACAUGGAAAAUAUGUUGGAUGAAGAGUCUACCUUACUCAAAGAGGGCAAAGUCGGCAGUGGAACUUUAAUGACUUCUUUUGUAAGAGCUUUGGGAGUACAUCAAAAAGAGGAAAUGGUUCCAUCCCGACAAACGGCACAAUCUCCUUCCAAAGUUCUCACGGUCGAAGAAAUCUUUGGCAAUAUUUUUGUUAUCAAUUUCGCCGGGCACGAUACCACGGCAAAUACACUAGCCUUCAGCAUGAUUCUCCUUGCAGCCUAUCCAGAAGUUCAAGAUUGGGUUGCGGAGGAAUUGCAAGAAGUCAUCAAAGAUAAUGCCGACGAAUCUUUGGAAUACGAGAAGGUGUUUGAGAAGCUUAAUAGAUGUAGAGCUGUACUGCUCGAAACUCUUCGACAAUUUCCACCCAUCAUGGCACUGCCCAAGUGGAGCAAUGACAUUCCACAAACGCUAGAUAUACAAGGGAAGACUAUUAUCAUUCCACCCCAUACAGGAGUAAUGCCUAGUAUACUCGGAAUCCAAAUGCAUCCAAAGUACUGGGAAGAUCCCUCGCUUUGGAAUCCUUCUCGCUGGAUUGAAUCUACGCCCGACCCAACUUCCCAAACUGGCACAUUGAACACAGAGAAAGUUAUUACUCCUGCUACCAGUACAUUUUUCCCUUGGUCUGAUGGACCACAGAAUUGUCCUGGGCAAAAGUUCUCCCAGGUCGAAUUUGUCGCAGUUUUGGCAAUCUUGUUACGACAUCACCGAGUGAGUGUCGUCCAAAACAAUAAUGAAACCCCGGAAAAGGCACAAGAGAGAGCUUUGGCUGUCACUCAAGACUGUGACUUGGAAUUGCUUUUGAGAAUGCGUGAUGCUGACCAAGUAAAAUUGAUUUGGAAGAAGAUUUAG